AUGAGCGCCGCGGCGACGGCCUCGGGGCCGAGGGCGGCGGCCGCGCCGCGCGCGUGCGCGACGUCCCACCGCGGGCGCGGAGCGACGCCUUGGACCAUCGCGACCGCGCGCGCGACGCGCGUCGUUCCCCGCGCGCCGCGCAGCGUCGAAGAGACGGAUCGAGUCGUCGUCGUCGUCGUCGAGGAGGCGCGCGAGGCGCGCGAGACGCGCGAAGCGGACGACGACGCGGACGACGCCGAGGCGGCGCGACCGGCGUCCAGCGCCGCCGACGAGACCGCGGUCGCGAGCGCGAGCGCGAGCGCGAGCGCGAGCGCGGACGCGCGCGCGUGGGCGGUCGGCCUCGCCGCCGCGGUCGGCGUCGGCGUCGCCUCGCUCGCGAUCGACCCGUCGUCGUUCCCGCGCGCGCCAUCGUCGCCGCCGUCGUCGCCGCCGUCGUGGUCGUGGUCGUCGUCGUCGUCGCGCGGCGCGCGCGUUCAGGCGACGACGCCGACGACCGGGCACCCCGCGGGGGCGACGUGCGGCACGUUCAGCGCCGCGCGGACCGCCGUCGCGCGCGACGUCCUGACGUGCAACCAGGACAACUGGGAGGCGGGGUGCCUGUCGCACUACUCGGAGGACGUGACGUACGUGGACGGGCCGGGGCUGACGAACGUCCGCGGGAAAGACGCGAUGGCGAGGUACCUGAAGAACCAGUUCGACUUCAGCCGGCAGUAUCUCACCGUGAGCGACGAGACGUGCGUGGGCGACACGUACGUCGCGCGGUGGAGCCUGGACAUGGACUUGGGCACCGGCAACUUGAGAGGCAUGCCGGGGAUCAGCGUGUUGAAGUUCGCGACGGAGACGGACGAGGACGCGGCGGGCGAGGGAGGCGGCGCGGAGGGCGCGGAAGGCGCGGAGGGCGGCGGAGGAGGAAGCGGCGGCGGCGCGUCCGACGCGGCGCGAGCGACCGCCGCCGGCGCCGGCGGCGCGACGGGGGACCGAAACGCGGUGCGGUAUCACCGCGACUACCUCCCGGACGGGAAGAUAUGGGAGAACGCCCCGGUCGUCGGGCCGCUCGUGAAGUUUCAGAGGGCGACGUACACCGCGUGCAUGCUGUCCGAGUCGGGGUGCGCUGAUUUAUUAGGGGCGCCGAAGUAG